AUGGAAGGAUCCGAUAGUUCCAUAUACGGUGCCAUUUUCGAAUACAACUUCUCCUACAACUACCAAAAUUUCCCUAGUUUGAGAGUACCUCCACGUUACGUGAUCGCGUUCCGCGGCACAAUCCUAACAUCAAAAACUUGCUUCUCUGAUGUGCGACAUAAUCUCCGCUGCAUCUACGACACCAGGUUCGAGCACGCAAUGCAUGCAAUACAUAAUAUGGUAGUCAAACACAGUGACACAUCUGUUUGGCUCGCUGGGCAUUCUCUUGGAGCUGACCUGGCAUUGCUGGCUGGGAAGACCAUGGCAAGGUUCGGAUUCUUCCUCGAGGCUUACAUUUUCAACCCGCCCAAAUGGUCUAUCCCUCUUGAGACGCUAAUCAAGUGCGAAGUGCUAAAUGGUGGAAUUCGAUUCGCCGGGAGUCUCUUCAAAGCCGGUGUAGCCAAGAUUUUUAAAGAUCUUGAUCAGGUUCAAGAAAAUGAUCAAGCUAUGAAUAUAGUACGGUGGACACCUUAUUUAUUUGUGAACCCAGCAGAUCCAAUCUGCUCAGCAUACAUUGGAUAUUUCAAGAACAAAACCUUCAUGAAUAAGAUCGGAUUGAGCGAAAUCGAGAGAAUUGCUACUACAAACCCACUUAGGAGUCUAUUGGUUGGGAAAAAAGAGACAUCAUCACCAUCAGAGUCUCUUCAUCCUCUUCCAUCGGCUUAUAUGAUUGUAAACAAGAAUGUAUCGCAUGAUGGAAGAAAAGCUCACGGGCUAGACCAAUGGUGGGAUCCUUCGUUUAAUGGUGAGUAUGUUUUUUACCAAUUUAAUUCAUGA